AUGAACAAAGCAUUGCUAUUAACAUUACUUGUCGGAGCUGCUUAUGCUGCAGAUACUUACGGAGAAGAAUCAGACUUAUAAAGUCUAGUAUCAAGAAAGCAAUCAGCCAAUAUCCUCCAAUCUGACUGGUUGAAUUUGGACUAUGCCGUUGAAGCUGACAUUAAUUACAAAGCAAACCCUUCAGCAAUCAAGUUGCUAAGACAUUUCUAAUCUACUGAUCUAUACCGUGGAGUUAGAGACUUCCUCGGACUUGAGAUUUCAUCAUACCUUAACUUCACUCUCUCCGCUGAGAUUAUGCAAAAAACUAAGUAAUAAUUUACCAUCAGCUUGGUGCCAUUCAGAGUAUAUCCGUUAUACAAUCAUUUUGAAGGCAAAUGGAGAGAUGCAACUGAAGACAUCCAACUUUACAAUAGACUUGGAGUCUACGUUUCCCUAGGUGAACUCCAUACCCAAUAUUACACCAACUGGAAAAAUUGUGGUAACAGCAUUGUUGAGAACGGUGUUUCAAAUGUCGAUGAUGUCCUUCAAGUAUUCUACUGCGGCUACAAUCCAGAAACAGAGACUGUCGUUGAAGAUGUUGGUCUCCCAGGCUGGAAUUUCAAUAACUAUCUUGGCUCAAGAUGGGAGAGAGAAUGGCACCUCUGGACUUUCAAUGAAGUGCUUUGA